AUGGCGACUGGUAUCACUACUAUUAUCACCAGUCUCCUUAAGCCUUUGUCUCUGAUUCUUGCUGCUUUCGCGAUCGCGUCAUCGUUAGUCAUUUUAUUCGUCGAAGUGCCCCUUUUGCUCCGAAUUUGCCCAACUUCCGCAAAGUUCGAUGCUAUGAUCCGCAAGGUCUCGACCAACUAUAUGCGCGCUGCCGUAUACGCGGUCAUGUCCGUUGUUCAGUGGUUGACCCUCAUUGACGGCGCCGACGCUCUCAUUGCUCCCGCCAUUUUCCUCGCCCUCACUGCCUUUUGCUAUCUCUUGGCAGCAAUCAAGGGCCAGGCCUUCGUUGGCAGCAAGACCCUGGGUGGCCAGGGAGUUGCUGAGAUGAUUGUGUAA